CAGCGCACGGGGCUGCGCCCGCCUGAGCCCCGCUCGGCUCCCGGCAGCGCUCCGCCGCCCGCUCUCCCCGUAGAUUUUUUUUUUAUUAUUAUUUAGUCGGCUUUCCGUUUUUUUUUUCUUUUUCUUUUUUUCUUCCCCCGUCUUCUUCUCCCACUGCGGACUCUCCCCUGCUGCGGGAGGCGCGAGGCAGAGCCCGAGAGGUCGGCACGGAGCAGGGGGCGGGGAGACGGCGAGGGAGCGGCGGCCGCGGCGCGGGAAGGCGGGGACGCGGCUCCCCCGGGCCGGCCUCGGACCAUGUACCAGGACUAUCCCGGGAGCUUCGACACCUCCUCCAGAGGCAGCAGCGGCUCCCCGGGACACCCCGAGCCCUACUCCGCCGGCGCAGCCCAGCAGAAAUUUCGAGUAGAUAUGCCAGGAUCAGGCAGCGCUUUUAUCCCCACGAUCAACGCCAUCACAACCAGCCAAGACCUGCAGUGGAUGGUGCAGCCCACCGUCAUCACCUCCAUGUCCAGCCCGUACUCUCGCUCACACCCAUACAGCCACCCGCUGCCACCGCUGUCCUCGGUGGCCGGACACACGGCCCUACAGCGACCGGGUGUGAUCAAAACCAUCGGCACCACAGUGGGACGGAGACGAAGGGAUGAGCAGCUGUCGCCCGAGGAAGAAGAGAAGCGAAGGAUCCGGAGAGAGAGGAACAAGCUGGCAGCUGCUAAAUGUCGUAACAGGCGCCGAGAGCUAACAGAGAAACUCCAGGCGGAAACUGAGGUGCUGGAGGAGGAAAAGUCAGUGCUUCAAAAAGAGAUUGCUGAGCUCCAGAAGGAGAAGGAGAAACUAGAAUUCAUGCUGGUUGCUCACAGCCCUGUGUGUAAAAUCAGCCCUGAGGAACGUCGGAGCCCACCAACCAGCAGCCUCCAGAGCGUUCGGACUGGAGCAAGUGGAGCAGUGGUAGUGAAGCAGGAGCCUGUGGAGGAAGAGAUCCCAUCUUCUUCUUUGGUCCUUGACAAAGCUCAGAGGUCUGUCAUUAAGCCCAUCAGCAUUGCUGGAGGUUAUUAUGGGGAGGAGGCACUCAACACUCCCAUCGUGGUGACCUCAACACCAGCCAUCACUCCUGGUUCCUCCAACUUGGUGUUCACCUACCCCAACGUCUUGGAUCAGGAGUCUCCUCUCUCCCCAUCCGAGUCCUGCUCCAAAGCUCACCGGAGGAGCAGCAGCAGUGGUGACCAGUCCUCGGAUUCCUUGAACUCUCCCACCUUGCUGGCAUUGUAAUCCCCUGAGGCCCCCCAUUGCCAGUGUGUUACAUCCCCCGCCCAGCUCCAUGGGGAGACCUCUCCAUGGGAUUAGAGACAGGCACAGGAUCGUUCAAGCACAAGGGCAGCAAGAACAAGAAUGGGGAAAUGCUGCAGCUCCAGGAAAGAGAACGAGGACCAACGCCAGCUCCCUGGAGGCAGGAAAUGGCAAGGGUGGGACUGAUGCACCAGGACUGAUUGGAGAGAGCAGUGUCUCCUCUGUAGGGUCUGCCAAUGGAAGUCUCGUCUCGGCACCAUAGUGGACUUGGGGAGCACUCCUGGCCAGGACUGAAAGCGAGCUGCAGACAGUUGCUAGCCAUCCCUUUCCUUUGUGAAUUGAUCUGAUCGGUUAUGCUCUGUGCUUAGAUCUUUCUGGUUAGUUACCUUACAACUUCUUCUUUCCCCCUAUCUCUCUCUGCCUAUCAUUUCCAUUGUUGUCGAUCCUAUGACAUUUCAUCCAGUUGAUCUGUACUCUAAAGUCUUGUUAGGAUCUUUCUUGGGACAGGCUGUGGGAAACAUGCACGGUUGCCUAGCUGGGAAGGGGAUGCCUGGUGAAGGGGGGACCAAGAGGAGCUAAAGGGCUCAGUGGCAAGGGCAGAGCUCAUUAUCUGUGACACAGACACCAUAAACAGAGAGAACAGGAGGCUCACAUGGAGGACUUUUUUUUCUUAACGAGUAGAUAUACUUAUCUCCUUGGGCUCCUCAAAAGCCAAGUUAGCAUCUCAGGGCCGAAGUGGCAUCAGAAAAGCUGCCGAGUUGGCACUUAGCAGUGUUUUUGGCAGGAUUUUAGCCACAGUUUGGUAAUACCAAAUCUGCUGCUGGACUUGUUUAGUUCUCCUGGGCUGCCCGUUCUCUAGGGAGUAUUGCAUCUUACUUCCCAUCAGGGCCCCUGACUCAGAUGCUGAUCUCUUCCUGUUAGUAAAGUUGUCCCCUCUCCUUGGUAAUAUUUGCAGAACAUACAACCAAAAGAGGUAGUGCUGUGGAGACUGGCAGUGGUUAGGAGGGUGAAGGGAUUUUGUUGUGCCCUUGAUGACUUUCCUUGUUGGGAAACACGGCAGCACGCUUCCACACAGUUGAUACUUGCUGGUGGAGUUUACUCAGAGCUUCUCAGUUUCCAAGGCUGGAGGAAGGCAGGAGUCCAGCCUCCAGCACAGCACAGGCCUUGAGGCACUCCUGACCAGGCAGCAGUGGUGUAGCAGAAGUUCUAAUAACAUCUGGUGUGACAAGUUGAUAUUGGAGAAAAAUCAGUUAUCAUUUUUUGCACCUUGGUCUCUGGCUUUUUGUUGCUUUUUUGGCCUAAAGACCAAAAGCAAAUUAGAGGGCUCUUCCACCAACAUUGGGUCACUUUCUUCUCCAGCGUGUGGGCUUGGCUUCUAGUACUAAGUGCUCACAGAUGGUAAAAGUGCUGAAGUUCACUGCUGAGAACAGUGAUGUGUGAAACUAUUCCUGCUUGGAGCCAAGCUCAGUUCCCAUAGGUGUCAAGGCACUGUUGAACCAAUGAACUUGUGCACGUGAGGAUAGCUCUGCUUGCCAGUUAAGCUGCUUAGGGGAUAGCUCUUUAGUCCAGCCUGUAGAAGCUGUGAUGGCAGCUAUUUAUUGUGAGAUUUUCUUCGUUAUUAUUGUCUUUAAAUUGGUGGAAAAUUGGGAAUUUCUUGGUCAGGCUGGACCUGGAGAAAUAAAGAUGCAAUGACAGGGUCAGUGCUGUGAGAUGCUGAACUGCUGCAGCUCUUGCCAACUCUACUGGGAAUUAAUAGGGCCCAGUCCUGUGCAGGCAGACCUUUGCUCAGGUGGUCUGGAUUCCCUCAAACUCUGGUCACUGCCUAUUCCUUUAAUAAUUUCAAAGGGACACUAUUUGGCUGUUUUUUGUUUGUUUUGUUUUUAUUAUUAUUAUUAUUAUUUUAAACCGAGUUAUUUGCAAGAACUGCCAGCAAUAGAAAGAUGAUUGAUCUUUCUCCUUUGUAAAACUGAUUCAAUAAUACAGGAUUUUCCUUUGUUGCUUAAACAUUUCCAUUGUUGCUCUAGUGCUAGAAGUUUCAAAUUGAGCUCUUUCAAUAACCAAAGUUGAUAAAGGAAUUCUCCCCUCACAUGAUCAUCAAAACUUUCUUUUAAUAAAGUAGAGGCUUUAUGAAAAAA